GAUAGCCCAAAUAUAUGCCUUCCGAAAUUUGACUCGAAUCCCCUGUUUCCUUUUUCUUUUUCUUCUCCACGAAGACUUAUAUAUAUUCUGUCUGUAAAUUUUGUACUAGUUGUGAUUCUUCUCCAUGGCUGUGGAGCUCAUGAUGGGUUUGGUUGACAGCUUUGCAGCCAAGAUGGAAGAGAAUGACGUCAAGGAAGCAGCCUCCGCCGGGAUUCAGAGCGUUGAGAAAUUCAUAAGGUUGAUGUCUUCUUCUUCUUCUUCAACCUCUGAAAGUGCUGCCAUAGAAUACAGAGCAGUUGCGGACAUGGCCGUCAAUAAGUUCAGGAAGGUCAUUUCUUUGUUGGAUAGAGGAAGAACAGGUCACGCUCGUUUUCGAAGAGGUCCGGUGACUGCUACUAGUACAGCUACUACGGCUACUCCACCGGAAUCACCCCAAGUUCUGACGAGAGAAACAGGGCGGCCUUCAUUUCAGUCUCCAGAUGCUCUAUAUAUGAAGACAGAGCAAUCCCAAUCCUCAUCUGCGUUCAAGGUUUACUAUCCCAAACCAGUUCUAUGGUUACCGCCUCUUCCAAAGAGUGGUACUAGCUUCAAUUUCUCGGCCUCGCCGGGCGUUUCUGGUUCGAGUUCGUUUAUGUCCGGCGACGGCGAGACUACUACUCUGCAGCACUCCAUGUCUUCCGGGUUUCAAUUGACGAACAUGUCCAAUAUGUCAGUGUCGUCUGCUGGUAAGCCUCCUCUUCCUUCCUCGUCAUUAAAGAGGAAGUGUCAUUCUGUGGAUGAUUCCGCAGCUCUGAAGUGUGGCUCGUCUUCUUCAAGAUGCCACUGUUCCAAGAAAAGGAAAUCAAGAGUGAAAAGAGUGACAAGGAUCCCUGCAAUUAGUACGAAAAUGGCUGAUAUCCCAGCCGAUGAGUAUUCAUGGCGAAAGUACGGCCAAAAACCAAUCAAGGGUUCCCCUCAUCCAAGAGGGUACUACAAGUGCAGUAGCCAGAGAGGGUGUCCUGCAAGAAAACACGUAGAGAGAGCUGUAGACGAUCAGAGCAUGCUGAUCGUGACCUACGAAGGCGAUCACAAUCACUCCCAAGCUGUCACGGAGGCAAUGGCAGCCAUCGUCCUCGAAUCGUCCUAGGCAACUCAUCGAGCGGCCAAAACGGCCCCAACCACAAUUCUUCCUCUUUAUUAAAGUUCUAAUUAAGCUUGGCCGGGGGCAACAUAAUAGUCAGCUCUCACAGUCUCCAAGAGGAUUAGUGGGUUCAUAUUUUCAUUUUUUUUUCCUUGAUGGGUUUAUUCUUAUUCUUUUGAUGAUGAUCU